CCAUCUUUGGCUUUGUCACUGAGCAUGUCAACAUCCUGGUUUUCGUCCUUGUCUCCGUCCUCUUCCUCUUCUUCAUCUUCCUCGUCGUCGUCGUCGUCUGCUGCUGCUGAUGUCAAUGCAGACUCUUCCUCGCGCGUCGCUCGUUCGCAGGACGGAAGCGCCAAAGAAGCGCCUCACCGAACUCUGAGGUCAGCAUUCGAAUCCGAGCCAUCCUCAACCUCAGCCUCUGCCUCAACCUCAGCCUCAACCUCUUCCGCAUCAUCAGCAGCAGCAACAACAACACUGCUGCGCAAUAGCACGCUCAGCCGCGGACUGUCGUGCUCGGACAACGACGUUGCUGUGCUGCUGAACGAGAUCACUGCGCUGCUAACGCCGACAAGCGAGCUCGAUUUGGGCUCCAACUAUGAGGCAUUGCCCGAGCAGUGGUCGCAGCAGUGGGUCCAGGACGUCCCCGAGUGGAGCUCAGAGUACAACACGACCACCUGGGCUGCGCGAUGCAUCAUCGGGGCGCCGCGCGUCUACCCGGCCAUGGGUGACAUCCAGGGGGCUUGGGCGCAAGGCACCGUGGGCAUGGAGACUGAGUUUGUCACCCUGCAGUUCCACAAGCCCGUCGUCAUCAAGGCAGUCAACAUUUACGAAACCAACAGCCCGGGCGCGGUCGUGCGCAUCCUGGCGCUCCAGCGGACGGAUCUGCCCGGCGGACGGGUUGCGGCGCCCGCGCUGGCACCCGCCGCCACUCCCACCACCGAGAUGGCUCGCGUUCCGCAGGGCAACUGGGUUGUCUUGUGGUCUGGAGCGCCGACCGUGGGGCCGCACCAUGUCACGUCGCGCAUCUUUACACCGCCGCUCGAGCGGUUGGAUGUCGCCUCCAACUACAUUCGACUCGAGCUGAAUUGCCGCGGUGCCACGACCUGGUGCGAGAUUGACAGCGUUCAGCUGGUGGGCGACCCGGGCUACGACGAGACCACUCGCAAGGAGGUCAUGAACUCGCUGCGGCAGCAGCCAGUCAACACUGGCUCAAAGCUGAGCCAGGAUCUCGGCGCGCUCCUGAGCAGCGGCGAGUUUGCCGACGUGACGUUCGUGGUCCAGGGCGUCUCGAUUCCCGCGCAUCGCAACAUCCUGUCUGCGCGCUGCCCAGUGUUCCGGCCAAUGUUUGCCCACGACACGCUUGAGCGAGCCUCGUCGCAAGUGGUGAUUCCCGACAUUGAGCCGCGCGCCUUCCGCAAGCUGCUCGAGUUCAUGUACACGGGCACCGUGCAGGUGUCGCCCGACGUGAUUGCGUGGCUGUAUCACACAGCCGACAAGUACGACGUCGCCGAGGUUCGCCGCAUUUGCGUGGACGAGUUUCGCUUUGCGCUCACCGUCGACAACGUUGUCCCGAUCUUUGAGCGCGUUGCCGAGUUUUAUCCAGAGCUCAAAGAGGUCUGUCUUCGGUUUCUCCUCCGCAAUGCCGCCACGAUCGCGGGCGGCCGUGCGCUCGAGACCCUCCCUCAGCCGCUGCUGCUUGAGUUGACGCGCACGUUUGCUGGAGGUCUUUCCGCCACACGCCCUGCCGUUUAAGUGUAUCAGCCAGCUUGUUUUUGUUUUUCGAUUGUUUUUUUUUGUGUACAGGUGUGGUUUGUUGCUUGAGUGUGUUUGUUGCGGCUUUGUUGGCUGCAUGUUUGGUUGUGUAUUUGCGCUUUUCUUUGCUUUUCCCCCCAUCGUUCUGCCAUCUCGUUUUGUUUUCCCACCGCUCUGUGUCAGAUAUUUUUUCGCCUGCAUGUCGUGUUGUUCUGCAUUGCAUUGUAUGCUAGUGAGUGACUUGGGCCAAAAUCAACCAUCAACGCUCGUUUCCACUCAACAUCCAAUCUAACGUUUUUGCCAUA